GUUGAAGAUUGAACGAUCAAUUCUUGGUUGUUUGCUCAAAAUCAACUUCCUCGAUUUUCGCGGAGGCAUCAAUACGACAGUCAUCGUCUCAUCGGUCGCUGUUCAGAAAGAAGAGUUAAAUAUCGUCAGAAACCUUAGUUUUCUUAGUUUGCUUAGUGAUACUUGAUUUAUAUGCUGGUGUAACAAUACAUAAUACUCAAGUCAACAAUUGGUGUUCUGGUUUUUUCGUCCGUUGUUACUAAGCGUUUCUCAGAAAUCUUCUAAGAACAGCGUGGGCCCGAGCGUAGCGAGAGCUGGGCAUUAACGGUUUAUGAGACUUUGGUUGACAGUUUCUGACGAUGGAAACAGAUCUGGCGGAUUCAAACAGUUGGUGAAAGUUUGGAUAGUCGCCGUUCAUCUUUCCUGGUGCCGGUCAAGUCCUCUUUGAACAAGCAAUAUCUGGAACUUUUUUGGAAUUGGGUCAAGUUCAACAAUGCCUGGGUCAAAGAAGGGACAGAGUGUCUUGGAUGCAAACAGGAAAGUAAGUCAUGGUGACUUGUCUGUUAAUUGUAACGAUGUGUCUGAUGUUAAACAUGAUAUGGUUGAUGUUACUGUUUCGCCGUUCAGGGAUAAUAGGAACAUCAAACUCCCUAAAUUUGAACCACGGUGUUUUGAUGGAAACCCGGCUGAUUAUUUACAAUUUGUAAAGGAGUUUGAGAUCAUGUUGAGUGGUUUUUUAUUAAAUGAUGAAUUGAAGUUAAUGUAUUUGAUGAGAUAUUGCACUGGAGAUGCUGCAAGAGCUAUACAGUGUUGUAAGUUUAUGAAGCCAAAAGAGGGCUACGAUGAGGCUAUGAGCAUAUUACGCCAAAGGUUUGGAAGACCUUCGAUGAUUGCAGGGAAAUUAUUCGA